AUGGGGUUGAGUUCUAAGCAGGUGACUAGCGAUGGGCUAGAUUGGAGCCAGACCCUAUUGCAGGCUCAAACUUUGGAGCUGCCUAAACCUCCGGGAAUAAGGAGGCAACAGCAACAAAACCAGCUGCAAUCCGAGCCCUUGAAGUGUCCGAGGUGUGAGUCAACAAACACGAAGUUCUGUUACUACAAUAAUUACAACAAGUCGCAGCCCAGGCAUUUUUGCAAGGCUUGCAAGAGACACUGGACUAAAGGUGGCACUCUCCGAAAUGUUCCCGUUGGUGGUGGCCGCAAAAACAAGAGGCCGAAAACAUCAAGAACAAGCGUCAACACCACCACCUCCACAAGCAAAGCAAGCACCACUGCUCCAAGCACCAAUAAUAGCAACAGUAUCAUCAAUAGGGUAGAUCCUCAGUUGGCAAUUCAAGCUCAGCAGCAAAAGCAGAAUCUUCCUGAUCUUGUACUUGGUACUGAUCAUAAGAAUUUAUCUGAAAUGCUGUAUCAAGCAAUGAUCAAUCCAUCAUCUUCAGUUUUGCAACAGAAUUCAAUCAGCUGCAAGUACUUGGAUACUAAAAGUUUCAACACCAACAGUAAUGGUGUCCUUUCUGGUUCAUCUUUGUCUCAACCUCAAAAUCAAGGCUUACUCUUUCCUUAUUCAAGUCCUUUUAUCACACACCCAUCUUCAAUCUGCACCAGCUCCUUUCAGCCCUCAAAUGUUUAUAACAACACUGGAGAAUCCAUGGAGGACUCAACCAUCACCACCACCAUGCCUUCCACAAGUAGCAAUAUCACCCAGCCAUGGCAAGUGCCAAAUACAAGCAGUGGAAUGGACAUGACAAAUUACUGGAAUUGGGAUGAUAUAGAUAAUUAUGUCUCUACCGAUCUCAAUGCUCCAUGGGAUGAUUCUGAAAUCAAACCAUAA